GACAUGCACUGCGACAGGCUACAGCACCCGGCACAUUGAGAACAACCGCUUUCUGCGAGCGCCGAACACGGCAACUCGGCAAAAAUCGAGCAGGGCAACGCCUUGGCCGCUCCUGCAAAGUGACACAUCUGAUCGCACGGCGGUGGCGGCGAGGGUGGGGGCGGAGAGACCGGCGGCGGUGAGGGCGGCGGCGUGGGUGGAGGCGGGGAUGGAGGAGGGGCGGGAGGCGGCAGCGUGGGAGGCGGUGGCGAGGUCGGCGGCGGGGGCGAGGGCGAUGCCGAGGGAGGCGGCGGCGACGGCGACACGGAUGGCGGCGGGGGUGACGGCGAUGCUGAGGGCGGCGGGGGCGACGGCGAUGCUGAGGGCGGCGGGGGCGAGGGUGAGGCGGACGGCGGCGGCGGCGACGGCGAGGUGGAGGGAGGCGGCGGCGACGGCGAGGCGGAGGCGGGCGGUGGCGACGGCGAGGUGGAGAGAGGCGGCGGCGAGGGCGAUGCUGAGGGAGGCGGUGGUGACGGUGAGGCGGAGGGAGGCGGCGGAGAUGGUGAGGCGGAGGGAGGCGGCGGCGAGGGCGAGGCGGACGGCGGCGGGGGCGAGGGCGAUGCCGAGGGAGGCGGCGGCGACGGCGACACGGAUGGCGGCGGGGGUGACGGCGAUGCUGAGGGCGGCGGGGGCGACGGCGAUGCUGAGGGCGGCGGCGGCGAGGGUGAGGCGGACGGCGGCGGCGGCGACGGCGAGACGGACGGCGGCGGCGGCGGUGGAGGCGGUGAUGGUGACGGCGGCGGCGCGGGCGAAGCGAAGACGUAGAACUUGCACACCGUCAGCCCCGCCGCAGACGGCCGGUUGAGGUAGAUGUAGCGCCCCAACGCGUUGAUCUCCACCUCCAACAUCACGUUCG